AUGCCGAGAGCAAAGAAAACCAACUUGAAUAAUUCGUCCUCACAAAGAUCUCUUCGUACUGCAACAGUACCUGAUAUGUUUAUGAAACAAAAAAAUGCUGCAAAUAAGAGAAGAAUAAUUCAACAGGAUGAGUCUAGUGAAGAAGAAGAUGAGUUAAAUCCAUCUGAAAAUGAAUCAGAGAGCGAAUAUGAGACGAGCACUCAACAGACUUCAAAAAAAGUUUCUCGCAGAAAGAGGGCUAAUACUAAAAAUGUUGCAUCUAAUAUUGUUCUAAAUACUAGCAGUCAAUUAUUAGAACAAGUUAGCCAAAAUCUUACUCAAGCAAGUUUAUAUGAUAAAGCAUUAAUACCUGAAUGCAGUAUAGAUGAAGUUGUGGAAGGUUGGGUAAAGCAAUAUAAAGUCAGUCAAGCUGCUGCUUUAAAAGACUUGAUCAAUUUUGUCAUUCGUAGCUCUGGCUGCUCGAUGGCAAUAACAUCUGAAGCUUUAGAACAAGAUGAUGGCUCAUUUAAUGCUCUCCAAGAACUCCAAGAGGAGUUAGCCAAGCUUCCCCACACAGAAUACCCAAUUGUUUCUAAAUUAAAAGAAUUCAAGACUUUGAGACGAAAUUUACUGGUGUUUUUCCAAGAAUUGAUUGAUCAAUGCCAACAUGACCUUAUCUAUGAUGGUGUAUUAAUUGAAACUUUACAAAACUGGUUAACAACUAUCUCUACUUAUCGUCCUUUUCGUCAUACUGCAACUCUUAUUGCUCUCAAAAUUAUAAAUCAAUUAUGUGUUGUAGGAGAAAAAACAAGGGAUGAGUUAUCAAUUGCCAAUCGACAAUUAAAUGCAGAAAAGAAAAAGAGAACUCCAAAUAGAGAUAGAAUGAAUGGCUUGAAACAAAAAUGUACAGUAGCUCAACGCAAAUGCAAAGAUCUGGAAGAGUACCUUACUGAGUUUUUUGAAAGUAUCUUUGUUCAUCGUUCACGUGAUGUUGAAUCUGUAAUUCGUACAGAAUGUUUCAAAGAGUUAUGUAAUUGGAUGCAAAACUACCAAAGUUUUUUUGUAGACAAUCUUUAUCUUCGAUUCUUUGGCUGGGCUUUUAAUGAUCAAAGUGCCAGUGUUCGUUCUGAAGCCAUUAAAUCAAUUACUAAAUUAUACAAGAUUGAAGAUAUUGCUAGUAAACUUUCAACUUUCACAAACCGUUUUAAGGGUCGUAUUGAAGAAAUGGCACUUCAAGAUAUCGAUGUAUCUGUUCGUGUCAAUGCAAUUCAAUUGUGUAGUACCCUCUUCAAGUUGAAGAUUAAUAUCUUGAGUAAAAAAGGCCAUAGCCAAUUAUCAAGUAUGAUUGCCUCUGAUGUACCUCGCGUUCGUAAAUCUGCUGCACCUUUUGUUAAAGUCUUGAUAGAUACCAAUAUGAUUGAUCCAUUACUCAAGGAAGUUACAAAAUCUUUAUCUGGAACCAAUAAAGGGGGUCGUCGUUCUGGCACUUCUACUACUAAUUCAGUCCCAGCUGUCAACAAAUCGUGGGUUACGUUUAAAGCUAUAUCCUCAUUCCUUGUUGAACAGUGUAGUAAUAUUAUUGAAAAAGGAAAUAAUGAGGAAAUGCAAGUAGACUUUGAGACCUUAACAAGUGCAUUAGCUGAAAAGCGUAAUUUUAUUGUUAAUAAUAUUGUUGAAGCUCUUUGGGAACAAAUACCAGAAUUACAAGAUUAUGAAGCUAUGUCUGAUUAUCUACGUCGCGAUCAUUCUCAAUCUCAACAACAACAAUCUAAAGAUAAUGAUGAGAUGGAUACUGGAGCUGAUAUUGAAGACUGCUAUAGACUUUCUGAAGAUGAAGAGACUAUCUUGAUUAAUGUAUUUGUUGCAUGCAUUCGUACAGCUAUGAACAAGGGGCUUGAUAAGAAUUUACCCGAAAAUAAAGAUAGAAAGAAACUCGAUGAUGUGUUCUGGGAAGAGAACAAGAAUGAACUUUCUCGUCAUUUGGUACAAGUCUUGCCCAAGUUAUUGUCUAAACAUUUAGAUGACAGCAACAGACUCACACAGCUUGUUACUCUUCCUAGCCUUAUGAAUCUUAAUGUUUACUUGGAAUUGCGUGCUGAAAAGGAAUAUGAAGAUUUAUUACAAAUACUUGUUAGAGUCUAUCUAGGUGCUAUUUCGACUGAUCUUUUAACUAACUGUGCCGAUUCUUUGCAAUAUAUGACUAAGAAUACAAGUCUUUCAGAAUUCAAUCAUAUUCAUUUAAGCGAUUUGAAAGAAGCAGUUGUAAAUCAAGUUAGAGAAGCUUGUAACGGCAAAGAUCUGGUUACUUCUAAUUAUACACCUGCACUUAUUCAUUCAAUUUCUGUUAGCAUGCUUCGUUUAGCAUGUUUAAUCAACUUUUGUGAUGCUACAACAGCAAUGGAUGAUUUCCAUGGUAUGAGUAUGAAUACCAUUGAGUAUGUUGGUGCUCUUGUUGAUCGUGCUGCUUUUGGCAAUGAAAAGGAAAAGGAUAUUAGUUUAUCAGCUAUGACUGUUUUGUCUCGUUAUAUGAUGUGGAAAUGUCAUGCGCUUUCAACUACAGCCAAUACAAGUGAUAUAACCCCUUUUAUUGAGCGUCGUCGUGAUUGGGUUCUUGAUAAAUUUACCGAGCUUGUAAAAGGUGUUGAUGUUAGCCCUCUACCUGAAGUUCGUAUUGCAGCUUUUGGAUAUUUAGUUGACAUGUACUGGUUAUUCAAUAGUGAUAUCUUUGAUUCAUUUGGUUUAACUCGCUUAAAGACAAGAUGUCCUAAUGAUUUGCAAAAAGCUUGUGCUAAUAUUGUAACUGAGCAAGUCAAAAAAGUCAACUCUGCCCUUGAAGAUUUUGAUAUCGAUGAUGAAGCAUCUAAAAAGGUACUUACCUCUGAAAGAGAUUUACUAUACAAAUUAUUCACAAACUUUUCACGUGGUGUUCUUAUAAAUGUUUUUGAUAUGAGUUACGCUGUCCUUAUCUUGGAACAAUAUGGGUUAAAUAAUACCGAAUUAGAUGAUAUUAUCAAGGCUUUGAUAUCCGAAUUCCAACUAGAUUUGAUUACAGGUGAAAUUGCAGCAGAUGGCAUUUGUAGAGCUUAUCUCGAAGCAUUAAAGAAUUCUUUCAAUGCAAAUGUAACAGAUUCAGGUCGUUCUACAGAUAAGACAAUGAAAUUAGCUCGUCUCGAAGCAAACUCAUUAAAGCAAGCAGAUCAACAAGAUCCUGUCAAGAAAGUUCCUCCUCAAGUAAUUUGUGAACGUAUUCAUAUUGAUGGUAUUUCAUUUGCUCUUUCCAAAGCUGCUGAUGCACAUAAAAAUAACAGAUAUGACGAACGAGAUAACGCCCUCAAGUUUUUCAAAAUACUUUCCAUCUUUGGUAAAGAGCUUACUCGUGCAAGAGAUAUUGCAAGAAUACACAAUCAUUUAGAAGAUUGUUUACAACAAAAUGGAUUGGUCGUUGAUGAAAAUAAUAAGGAAUGGGAACACUAUGUUGCUUAUGUUCAAUCAAUUGACCAAGUAUUAAAGAAGAAGGGCCUUAGAUAUGAUGCAACUAAGAGAGCAAAUAAUGCAGAAACACCAGCAGCACACGUAUUUACUGAUGUUAAUUUAGAAGAAACAAUGGAAGAAGCUGAAGAGGCUCCUGUACGAGAAACAAACAAGCGUGCAUUAACGGAAGUAGAUAUGGAUAUGGAUAUUGAUGAUGAAAUAGCUUCUAAGAGAAGACGUUAA